AUGGAAUGCCAAGUGCGAACAAAUACCUCUAAUGUAACUGAUAAAUCAGAAAAAUACUUGAGGGCAAUGAAGGAUGUGAAAGAUGGAGGAUUAAGCACAAGAAAGGCUGCUGAGAAAUGGGGGUUAAAAAGAACAGCUCUUCUGUCCAGGAUAAAUGGGAAAGUGGCAUACAACAGGUGCAAAGGUCCUUCACCAAUUUUAACCAAAUCAGAAGAAAUUGCAGAUUGGCUUAUUGAAAUGUCUAACCGUGGGUUUGGUGUUUCGAAGAGUGAUCUUUUGCAAACUGUUAAGAAUUUUUUAGACAAGGAUAGUCGAUCAACACCGUUUAAAAACAAUAAACCAGGAAAUAAAUGGUUUGAAAGUUAUAUGAAGAGAAAUCCCCAAGUUAAGGUUCAAAAAGCAAGACCUCUUGAAAAGAAAAAGGCAAGAAUCACUCAAGAGGAUGUGGAUAAGUGGUUUUCAGAGUAUCAAGAGUUCUUGUUAAAAAAAGAUUUGAUGGAUCAACCAGGACAAAUAUGGAACUGUGAUGAGACUGAAUUUGACUUGAAUGGUUGUGUUGGCAAAGUUAUUGGUCCAUCUAAGCAAAAAGAGGCACCAUAUCACGUAAUGUCUGGUAAUAGGGAGUGUAUUACUAUGCUUCUUUGUUUCAACGCCAGUGGACAAUGGAUGCCUCCUUACUUUAUAUUUCCAGGAAAACGAAUUCCAGUUACUUAUAAUCCUUUGGAAGGAGGAGUAGAUGGCAGCGUUUUUUCCAUGACCGAGUCAGGUUACAUGAACACUCAAACAUUCUAUAUGUUGCUGGCAAACCACUUUAUCCCAAACUUGCCACCAAAAAGACCGGUUCUUCUUCUUGUCGAUAGUCAUGACUCUCACCUUGAUUUGGCUACCUUUGAACUUGUAGAAAAAAAGGUAUAUAUUUAUAUGCUUUAUUAAAGAAUGCAACACAUAUUGUGCAGCCUGCUGAUGUGGGGUUAUUUGGCAGUAUGAAAUGAAGCUGGCACAAAUCAAUAAGAGAAUAUACACAGCAAAAUCCCAAUGCAGAUAUUACUAAGAAGAACUUCUGUUCUGUUUUAAAGUCUACGUUGGAAGAUGUCAUGCGCCCUUCUAUCCUUACAGCUGCAUUCCUUAAUUAAAUCUGGCAUUUAUCCACUUGAUAAAAGCGAAGUUUCAAAAGGGUUAUUGGGUCCAUCCAAUCAAUCUUUUGAUGCCAACCAGCGGGUUGACAAAGAUAGCACCUCUCCUUCACUGCAAGCAUUUGAAGCACUAGAUGCUGCACUUUCAACUCCAUCACAGGCUAAGUACAGACAUAGAAUUGAGGAAGGAUGCGACUUGAACGGAAGUCCCACAUUUAGCGCUUGGAAUAAGCUAUACAAGUCAACGAACCCAUCACAUGUUCAUCAUGAUGGUAAAGGAGAAACUUCUCAGAGAGAAUCAGAGACUUCUCAAGGGUCACAGCAUGCAGAGAAAGCGCAGAAACCUUAA